AAAGGGUCAAAAAAACAUAAAAUAGAGAAAGGAAACGAGAGAAGCUGCCUCUGUGGACUUCGGUGAAGAGAAACCCUAAUGGCGAUUCCCGACCACCGGAAUGGGCCGACUCCCCCAUCACCCUAGCCGAUCCUACGCGAUGAUCCAUGAACGGCGGCCGGGUCGUGCAGAUGUUCUCCUCCUCUAUGGCCCCGGCUCCGCAGUCGCAGCCGCCGCUGCCGCCGCCGCUCUCGCUCCAUUCCCAUCCUUCUUCCUCCCUCUCGCUCGGCCUCCAUCCCCUUCCCCUCCUCCCUGCUCCUGCCGCCCGCCACCCUUCGGGGCACGACUCCGUGGAGCACGUGGCGCCGCCCGUCGCGAAGGUGAAGUUGGAGGACAUUGUGCCGUUCGAGGGGGUAGCCGAUGGGGUGUACUCGAAGGCGGUGGAGGAACUGUCAGGGUCUCUGAUGAGGCACAACGCCGUGCUGAUUGAGCUUGGUUCGGACGAAGCUGUGAUUUUGAAAUGUGCGUUGGACUCGGCGAGGACUUGCUUCAAGGCCAGGGCCAUGUGCAAUGGUGUGGGCGUCGGAGUUCAUGUUUGUGGGAAGUCAGGCAAGGGUGUUUAUACCUACCGUGCUGGAAGGACUUUGGAAGAUGGAGACUUAACUCCUGCAUGCAUGGGAGAUGCCUUUAGAUGUAUGGGAAAGGCAGCUCGUGCUGCACUUUGUGCGGUAGCAAGACAUCUUCGGCUCCGAAGCGAUGUUUUUAACCAUUUGCUUGAUGAUACACCCUUGCCUGCUACUGAAGUUUCAUCAUCAGUUCUGAUUGCCUCCUGUUCUCAAGCUUCAUACUGUAAUGGCAAGGACCAAGUUGGAGGUGGAAAGUCUUCCAUCACUGAAGUUGAAAAAGGUUUUUUGACAUUAAUUGCUUCUGACAGUCCUGGGAUUCAGGUUUGUGAUCCAAAUGAUCGUUGGUUCUUAGCUGAUGGGAGUUCAGGACCUGGCAAUCUAUUACUACUAACUGGAAGGGCUCUAAGCCAUGCUACCGCUGGACUUCGUCCAGCUGCCUCAUAUAGAAUGGUUCCUGAGUGUUUUCCUAGCACCAUAAGCCGGGGAAGGUCAUCACUGACAUUUAAGCUCAUGCCUCAGCGUAAUGCAAUAUUGGAUUGUUCACCAAUUGCUGCAGCUGGACAUGUUAUACCACAGAGUUACCAACCAAUAUUAGCAAGCCAAUUAAUGGAUGACUUAUCUACCGAAGAUGAUCUCAUGUGCAAUUAUCCUGAUAAUGUCUAUGAAACUCAAACCGACCUUAUUAAGGAACCAUCUCUCAGAAGCAUACUUUCAGAUCCUUUGUCAGGUGCAUUUCUUGAGGAUGCUAUGGUUGUUUCUUGUGGGCAUUCUUUUGGCGGUCAUAUGCUGAAGAAAGUAAUAGAAAUGGCCAGAUGUAAUAUAUGCAAUGAAGAGAUAGAGGCAGACACGUUGGUCCCUAAUUAUGCUUUGCAGGCUGCAGCUUCGACAGUAAAGCUGGAGGAUGAUAGGAAACUCUUCCAUAAUGCUACUCUGCGCAAACGUAGGAAGGAAGUUGGUGAACAAAUGGAAGCAGUGAAGAGAUUAUCCAAAGACAAUGGGGAGAUUGCGACAGAGUAUGACAGUACCAGACACCUGAAGGGAGUUCAAUAUCCAUUUGUAGUCAAUGAGAAAGUUUUGAUUAAAGGAAACAAGAGAACUCCUGAUAAAUUUGUGGGACGGGAAGCAAUAGUUACGUCUCAAUGUUUGAAUGGCUGGUACUUGCUCAAGAUUCUCGGCAGUGGAGAAAGUGUACGUUUACAGUAUCGCUCUCUUCAGAAACUUCGAAGUUCUCAUAGGGAUGAUAGAGCACAAUCACAACCCUUGAUGAAAAACAGCAGCUGAGUUACAUGACGUGAAACUACUAUGGUUGCAACUUGGCUAAGGCCUUUCUGAUAUAGCGUUUGUUCGCUUGCCUCCCCCCCUCUUUUCUUUUGUCCAGGUUUCACGUGUACACUAAGCCUGAAAUCUUUGUCUUACAAUAGCAACGGAAAUGUUGUGUCGAAGGGCAGUCCUCAUUAUAUAAAGAAGCAAAUAUGUUGAUAA